AUAGUCUGGCGGCGGGCCGUGAGCAGGAAUUUUUUUUUUCUUUUUCUUUUUAGGAGCAAUCUUCCCUCGCCGUCCCUGAAGCUCUUUCAUCACGGAGGUCUCGGACCCGAUCACGGACAGGAAAGGGGGCAACGCUGGAAACGUACCUUACCUUCAGAUUUUGACGAUGCCGGGUGCCGAGAGAUACGAAGAGCGGGAAGCAUUACCAAAAGCUUGGGGCGUCUGUCCUGGACGACGGUCGCGGCCAUUGGAGAAAUGCUAGCCCCUGGGAGAAUGAGUUUUGCGUCAGGGCCGCCGUUGUUCAUCGCUUCGUUCCCGAACGCAGACAAAGAAAAUGCCAUUCUUGACCCGCGGUAG